AUGUCCUGCAAAUUGAAUCGGCCGUUUACGGUCACAGUGGAAGGGAAUAUUGCGAGUGGGAAGUCAACAUUCCUCGGAUAUCUGGCUCGGUUCCCCGAGAUCUGCACAGUUUAUGUGAGUGGGGAUUAUGAGCAUGGAAGGUUUCUCAUUUUCUUGCAGGAGCCUUUGGAGAAAUGGUGCGAUGUGGAGGGUAGUAAUCUACUGGAUCUCUUGUAUCAAAACAUUGAUAGAAAUGGUUACCUAUUUCACCAUUAUAUUCAGUUGACUCGACUCCAGAUGCACAUGCAAGAAACUGCCAAGCCCAUCAGAAUCCUUGAACGCUCUCUUCACAGCAGCUAUUGCAUUGAAUUUGUUGAAUCCUUCAAUGUUUAUUAUAAACACAUUCCAACAGUGUACCUGCAGACCUCACCUGAGGUAGUAUACACGCGACUCCAAAGUCGCUCAAGGCCCGAGGAGCGUGAUAUACCCAUGGAAUAUCUGGUAGAUGUCCAUAAAACACAUGAGGACUGGCUUGUCAUGCGCUCACAUGGAACCAUACCUUGUCCUGUCAUCGUCCUCGAUGCAAGUAAACCUGUCAACGAGUUGGUGAAUUCAGAGUAUCCCAAGAUCAAGGACAUAAUUUGGAGAAAGGCCAUGUCGUGUGAUGAUAUUGCAUGUUGA